AGCAUUUAACAAUGGAGUCGGUUGCUUUGACUUUAGAACCAACCCCCUACAUACUACAAGCUCGUUUUCUCUCUCUAUCUCUCUCUCUACGUUAAUGUCUGUAACAUUUUCAGUGACAAAGCAAAAGGUAGAGUAAACUGUGUGUGAAAACUAAGAUUAGAAAAAAUUAUAUAUUUUUCAGUUCGAUAUUAGUAAAUAUAAUAACAAUAAUUUAAUAAAAAACAAAGCUUGAAAAUGAGGUGAGGUGUGCAUGACGACAGCGGUCUCACAUGGAAGCCUCACGACUCUGCCGCCUUACGCGUCUUGGUGGUGUUGAUGGUACCGCUACUUAGAGCCUCUCGGGUGGGACUAUGGUCGAUUUGGCUAUCUGGGUUUUUGUUGAUUGUUCUAUCUUUCUAUUCCAUUCAAAGGUUACCGCCAGUUAUAGAUCAGAAAACUAAGUCCACACUCAGUCAAAAGGGGUUUCGUCAUGUGGGCAAUCCUAAAAUCACCAUAUUCUCAGCUCCUAGUCCUUUUAUGGGAUCUGUUGCUGCUAAGCAGAGCCUAGCUAUUCGUUCAUGGCUUGCUUUAUCAUCACAGAUUACAGUUGUUCUGUUUAGUCAACACUCUUCUGUUUUUUCUUUUGCAGAAGCUUUUGGUUCCCGGGUUUUGGUUGAACCCAACAUUGAUUUUACAUUCCUUGGAACACCAUUCUUUCAUUCCAUGAUGUCAAGAGCAUAUUCAUUCAGGUCGGACAUUUCAGUUGUGGUCCAUUCUGAAGCUCUUCUCUUUCCUGACUUCAUUUCUACUCUGAAUGAUGCUUAUGAGCUUGAAAAUGAUUGGCUACUAGUUGCAUUGUUGAGAAAUGUAUCCCAUUUCCCGUUCUACUUAGACGAGGAUGGAAAGCACUGGAGAAGAGAGAAUGGAAAAAUGAUAAGAAGCCAGGAGGAGUUCAUACUCGGUCAAAAUUGGCAGCAGAUUCCCUGCGAAGAGAGAAAGCUUAUGGCAUGGAAUAGUGGAGAUCUUCCAUUACAUUCAGGAGUUCUUCCUCCUUUCCUAUAUGGGAGAGGAGUUCAUGAUAAUUGGGUGAUUAAUGAGGCCUCAUCAUCAGCCUUCAGGUUUGUGUUUGAUGCUAGCUUGACCAUCUCUAGCUUUUAUCUAAAUGAUCGAGAAGAUAAGUCUUAUGGGGCUAUUGGAGAUUCCAAUGCUCUUACUUAUGAAAACAGAAGCUGGGAAUAUGUUGGCAAUUCUAAAUUGGGGAUGUUAUAUGGAUCACUGUUUUACCAAAAUGCCAAGUAUUCUGAACUGGUGAAGCUUCUGAAAUGUGAUGGGCAACAUUUUUUUUUCGACACAAGAAAGAACACUUUUCAUCCAUUUCGACAUCAGAGUGCACCGAUCUUAGGAAAAGGAAGGAGUUUUCGAUCCUGGAGGAGGAAGAAGAAAAAAAGUGAUUGUCUUGAUUCCCUGAAACCUCUAAAGAAAAUGUUAAAUUGCUCUUUGAUGAAUCCAAUGAGGCUUCCUGAAUCAAUGGACUUUCAAUUCUCCUUAGAGUCACUUCUUCCAAUGAUGGCAGACAGGAAUAAGACAAUUGUGCUUGCAGUUGCCGGGUAUAGUUAUAAGGACAUGCUCAUGAGCUGGGUUUGCAGAUUACGCCACUUGCAGAUGCCAAAUUUCAUUGUUUCUGCUCUUGAUGAAGAAACAUAUCUGUUCUCUAUCUUGCAAGGCCUGCCUGUCUUUAGGGAUGUGUUAGCUCCAAAUGAGAUAAGCUUCAACAAUUGCCAUUUCGGAACAAAAUGCUUUCAGAGUGUGACUAAGGUGAAGUCUAGAAUGGUUCUUAAGAUACUUAAAUUGGGUUACAAUGUUAUUCUUAGUGAUGUUGACGUAUACUGGUUUAAGAAUCCAUUGCCAUUUCUUUAUUCUUAUGGUCCUGCUGUUCUGAUGGCUCAGUCUGAUGAAUACAAAGAAACAGGACCGAUUAACUUACCAAGGCGAUUGAACUCUGGAUUUUACUUUGCUUUCUCUGAUGGUUCAACGAUUGCAGCCAUGGAAAAGGUAGUGAAGCAUGCUGCAAAUUCAGGCUUGUCAGAGCAGCCAAGCUUUUAUGAUACACUAUGUGGAGAAAAUGGAUCCACUCGCCUGGGAGAUAACAAAUGCUUGGAACCUGAAUCAAAUCUGACUGUCUAUUUCUUGGACAGAAACCUUUUUCCGAAUGGUGCAUACCAAGGCCUUUGGAAGAUGAAAAAUGUGACAGCAGCCUGUGCUAAAAUGGGAUGCUUUGUUCUCCAUAAUAAUUGGAUCAGUGGAAGGCAGAAGAAGCUAGAACGCCAGGUGUUUUCAGGCCUAUGGGAGUAUGAUAUGGGCACAAGGAUGUGCCGAAAAAGCUGGCAUUAGUCUAAAAUGUUGAUCUUUGAGUUGGUGCUUCUAUAUCUUCUAGUGACUGACUUUGGUUUUCACUUUUCGCUUUCCAAAAGAUAGAGACCAUUUUUUGUCUCAUGAAGAACUUCGGUUUCUCCACCCUUAUUGUUCAAAACAAGUAAACAAAGUUUAAACAGCCGGCCAUAUAUAAACAAAAACAGUGGAGAAGGUUGAUUAGCUUUGACAUUCACCUCUUAACUAAUAGAGAAAACUACCAAUAUUAGGUGAGUUUACUGCUAUGAAACAAUUGGUUCAGACAAACUGUUAUUUGCAGCUAUGCUGAUCAAGCUUGCUAAGUUAUUUGGGCUUUACUGGAAAUCCAACAGAAAAAAGGAAACCAGAAAACUGCCUCUUCUCAUUAAAGAUUGUGAAGAAAAGAAAGAAGAGGAAAAUUCAAUGCCAGUCCCCCUGAGCUUUAAGGAUAUAUUUGUGAGGAUAGUUCAUCCAGGUGGGCGAGAGGAGUGGUACCCGUCUGCACUUACAGCAUUUCAAUUGUUGGAAAAGUAUCCUGGAAAGUGUGUUGCCCGGCCUGAAGUUUUCAAGAAUCCACAUGAAUCCCUUUUAUGGCCACAAGAAAAGCUCUUGCCGGGUCAGAAAUAUCUCAUAAUCCCAACUUCAACUGUACAGAAACUUAUGCGAAAACAUCCAGAGAAAUUGAAAGGAAGAGGUGAUGAUGAGGAGAUGCGGGAUGUCAAAAUAACCGAUUCAGGUAAAACUAAUUUUGAUGAAUCUGCUUCCUCUGCAAAAGAAUUAUAUGCUUCCAAAGAAAAGUUGUCUAGAAAUUUAUUAGUAAAAGGCAUAAGAAAAAGGAAGCCUUUUGUACCUCCACUUCCAAAGUCAAGAGCAUACAGAGGACCCAUGUGGGAACCAAGCUUAACUUCUGUACAAGAGCUUUCUCCAUGAUUUUGGUUCUAUCUGGUAAGUACUAAGUAGUUUGAUUGCUUUGUCACACUGCAAUAAAAUGAUAAUGGACUGUUUCCACUAUGCAGUGCUAAUAGUUUCAACUACCUGCUGUCAAAUUUAUCCUAUAUUAUGUCUACAAUUUUUCUUUCUUUUCUGUUUUGUUUUGUUUUGUUUCGCGAGUUCACAGACUUUUCUCAGUAGACAGCAUGUUUUGUACAAGAGGGUAUAGAGAAUCAUUGGGUUGCAGUAACCAUGUGUUCUUAUUUCUUUUCUCACUGAAUAAUGAUUAAUCAGAAACUGUUGUACUUCAUUUGAAAAUAUGUAGCUUCCAUUCUAAUCUGGCCAAGAAUUCAGUAAAAAACAUAAAUUAUUCAUGUCUCUUUAGGUUUCAACAAGAAAAUUUUAGAAGCCAUCGUACAGAUAUCCCAACAAAGAAUGUGGGAACAACCUGAUAAGGAUUAACAAAAAGUAUAUUCCACCCUUUUAAUCUUCUAUUAUAUAAAUUUGGUAUAUAUUAGUUGUAAGAAUAUUAUUGUACCACACAAAGACAAUAUUAUAUUAGGAACUUCUGCUGUUUUGUUCUUUACCACGUAUCUAGUUAAGCAGAUUUCACAACAAAACAACGAGUCCAGUCCUUGCAUGCAUGCAUACAUAUCUUCCAGAAAAUCUCAAACACACUUUCCAUAAUUAUAAAUUUCAUUAGGUACUAGAAAUGAUAAGAGGAAAGGAUGACUGAAAAAGCUAGACAGGAAUUAAGUUAAAAAUUACUUUGGUUCCUGAUAACAUAGAUUUCCAACAGAGGAAAUCAUACUUACCAAAUGAAAAGGAGAAAAAAAAAAGAAUUGGUUGGAAAAAAAGGUGGAUAUUUUUCAAUUAUCCACGUUGCAUAUGAUGUCCAUCACUCCAAUGUUCAAACUUGUAUAAACUCAUAAAACAGAAGGUAAAAUCUUGGUCAAGAUCCAUGUGUAGAUUACAGAAAACAAUGCACCGGCUGGGAUAGUUAUUGCCCAAGAAAGGACAAUCUCUUUCACAGUUUCUGAUCUCACAUUGUUAAGUCCUCUGGCAAACCCAACUCCCAUGACUGCACCCACCAAAGUAUGUGUGGCUGAGAUUGGUAGCCCCAGUUUUGAGGCGAAUAGAACCACCGAGGCUGCAGCAAACUCAGCUGCGAACCCUCUAGUUGGUGUUAGCUCUGUAAUCUUCUUUCCAAUAGUUGCUAUAACUCUGUAACCCCAC